AUGCCAGUCCCGCAAUGGACGAUCACAGACUUCACUUUUCGGGAGUCGUGGUGGAAGAAUCGUGGCAUCCUGAUGCUAAACAUCUGUUUGAUAUUACCGCUCUUAUCAUCAACACUUAAUGGCUUUGAUUCCUCGAUGAUAAAUAAUCUGCAGAUUUUACCCGGAUGGCAAGAGUAUUUCCAUAAUCCGCAUGGCAUGAAGUUAGGACUCAUCAAUUGUGCACAUGACAUCGGCAUCCUCAGCGGAACUCCAUUUUCUCCUUAUGUAUCUGAUCUAUUAGGACGGCGAGCAACUAUGUUCAUCGGGGCAGUCAUCAUGCUAGUUGGUGCUCUCACGCAAGCCACAUCCACGACCAUGCAAGUCUUCAUUGGCGCUCGUGUGCUUAUCGGUUUAGGGAUGGCCUUUUCCAUCAAUGCUGCUCCCUUGCUCAUCAGCGAACUUAGCUAUCCAACGCAUCGCGGAAAAAUGACCUCUCUGUACAAUUCGAUGUGGUAUUCUGGCAGCAUCAUCUCGGCUUGGAUCUGCCUGGGGAGUUAUGAUGAGACGGGGACAUCACCGUUGUCAUGGAGGGCCCCUUCAUUCGUUCAAGCGGUCAUUCCUGUCAUUCAAAUGGUGCUAAUAUGGUUCAUCCCAGAGAGUCCUCGAUUUCUAAUGGCUAGAGGCUUGGAAUCGCAAGCUGCACGUGUCCUCGCUCAGUGCCAUGCAAAUGGGGGGGACGAACGCAACCCUCUAGUAGCCUUCGAGAUGGCUCAAAUUCGACAUGCUUUGAACCUUGAACGAGAAUUCGUCUCUGGCAAAUCCUACUUGAGGUGCUUCUCGACUCCGGGAAACAGACAGCGCAUGUUUACCGUUAUAUGGAUCGCAGUAUUCUCGCAAUGGAGCGGCAAUGGUCUGGUGUCGUAUUAUAUCAGCACAGUCUUGGAUGGGGUCGGGAUCAACCAGACUAAAACGAAAGCAGCUAUUAACGGCGGCCUGCAGAUUUUCAAUUUAGCUAGUGCGCUGGUGGGCAUGAUGAUGGUGGACAAACUGGGGCGGAGGAAAAUUUUCUUGAUUUCAAACAUUGGCAUGCUGAUAGCCUUCUCUAUGUGGACUGUCACGACAGCUCUUUUUAGCCAGCAUGUUCAACACCUUGCAUGUACGCUGGUGCAAGCUAAUGAUCAAGUUCGAGCAGCUACCGUGCCGCUCAUUUUUUUAUACUUUUUUUUCUAUGACAUUGCGUAUACGGCGAUACUAGUGUUGUACACGCUCGAGAUUUUGCCUUAUAAUAUUCGUGCCAAAGGGUUUGCCAUUAUGAAUAUUACUAUCUAUUCGACCAAUGCUUUUAACUCGCUCGUCAAUCCUGUAGCUCUGGACUCCAUAGGAUGGAAAUACUACCUCUUUUACUGCGGAUGGCUUGUCUUGGAACUCCUAUUCGUGAUGGUGUAUAUCGUCGAGACGAGAGCUCGUACUCUUGAAGAAACCGCUGCUUUGUUUGACGGCUUUAAAGUCCGUCGGGGUAUCAUGGAGCAGACUGGUGAAACUACCAUGACUUUGGCCACAAUGCAGCCAUACCCUAGACUUCAAGACAAUCUCGAAGCAGUGGAGAUCGCGAGUUCUGCUUCGCGAUCGUAUUUCGAAUCUCGGUCUGAAGAAUUUGCCGUUGCGUUUGCCAGAUAA